AUGGAGAAACAUUCAAUUGAAAAUGAUAUCCCUUUAGCGGAUGAUGAAAAUGUACCAAAUGAAUUAAAUUUAAGUAGUAGAAAACCCAAACCAGCUCAACCUUUACCUCAAGCAGAAGACCAAGAGGAGAAGGCACGAUUAAUUGCUCAAAUUCUUGAACUUCAAAAUACUCUUGAAGAUUUAAGUUCCCGUGUUGAUAGUGUUAAGGAAGAAAGUAUGAAAUUACGAUCUGAAAAUCAGGUACUAGGGCAGUACAUCAAGAAUCUUAUGCAUUCUAGCAGUUUGUUUCAACCUGUGAAUUCUCCAAAAAAUUCUAACAUGAAUGAGCAGAAAUAUGAAAUAAAUAUUGAGGAAGGAGAAAUAAUUUAA